AUGGCGAAUCGACUGCGAACCGCUAAAAUGUCUUACGGGAUUCUGAUAAUCAUUGCCUUCAUCUUUACCAUGGUUGCAUUAUUCACGCCUGGAUGGAGGUCAUAUAAGGGAGAGGGCGCCCCAUUUUUCGGCCUCAUCACGUUGGACUGUGGAAAUGGCGUACGAUACGUCGCAAGGCCGGACUGUCACGAGUGGUUUAGGUACAAAGCCACCUUCGAAAAGGUAGCUCUCGGCUGCAUGAUCGUCGCCGCACUCCUCGAGUUCAUCUGCGUCAUCUCGUUUUGCCUCUUAUUGUCGAAAGCAAGGUAUCGAUUGGCCGCCCCGGCGGCUGGAAUGUGCGCGCUGGCGGCUCUAUUAAUCGCCAUUGCCGUCAUUUGGUAUGCAGUACGCUUCGAUACAAAGACCACCUACAUGCAGUCGUCAAGGUAUGAAAUGGUUCACCAGGCUCAUCUUGGAUAUUCCUGGUACCUCGCCAUCGUCGCAUUCAUUUUCACCCUUCUAGCGGCCGCAGCAGCCGGAGCUACAAGCUCCCUCGGUAUCGUCGAUACACGCCCACCGGAAGUGCACCACCAUCAUGUUAACGCU